CCACUUCUUCCAUCACUGAUUACGUGGCUGCUUGUGUUGCGCCCGUUGUCUUUCCCUGCAGACGUUGUUCUGGCCGCAUUUCGCAACCUUUCAAAUGCAUCGCCGAACUCUACCGUCCCGCCUUCCAAACUGCAGGAGUUCCUCAGUACAUACUUUGAGAAACCAGGGACAGAGUUUGAGCCAUGGACACCACCAGACUGGCAUGAUGAGCCCAAGUUUCUGGGAGGAAUAGCAGACGGAGAACUACGUAACUGGGCUGAAAAGAUCCAUCAUCUGUGGAAGUCUCUCGGCAGAAAGAUGGUCAGCGGUGUUAAAGAUCACCCAGAGCUCUACUCGCAGAUAUACAGCCCACAUCCUGUCAUCGUGCCGGGGGGGCGCUUCAGGGAACUCUACUACUGGGACUCCUACUGGGUCAUCAACGGGCUCCUGCUGUCAGAGAUGACAGACACAGCCCACGGGAUGAUUCAGAACUUCCUCUACCUCGUAAACAGAUAUGGCUUCAUUCCAAAUGGUGGGCGGAUUUACUAUGAAAGGCGCAGUCAGCCUCCAUUCCUCACUCUAAUGGUGGAGAGCUACUAUCAAGCAACCAAGGAUAAAGAGUUCCUCAGAGCAGCGUUACCAGCUCUGGAGCAGGAGUACCGAUUCUGGAUGCAGAACCGUUCUGUGGCUGUGGAAGUAAACGGGGCAGAACAUGUACUGAACCGGUAUCACGUGCAGGUGGGCUUGCCCAGGCCUGAAUCCUACACAGAUGACCUGGAAUUAGCUGAAGGACUCACUGAUGACCGUAAGGAGCAGCUGUGGAUGGAUCUGAAAGCGGGCGCAGAGUCUGGGUGGGACUUCACAUCCCGCUGGUAUACGGACACCGACGGCCACAACAACGGCACCCUCAGGGAGACCAGUACCAGCCAGAUCCUGCCUGCUGACCUCAACGCUGUCCUGUGCCUCAACGAGAAGACUCUCGCUUCAUUUCACAGGAUACUGGGUGACAUUGACUCUGCUGCCCUGUUUGAGCAGACUGCAGCUCGCAGGCUGGAGGCCAUAGAGUCUGUGCUGUGGGAUGCGGAGAGGGGGGCCUGGUUCGACUACAACCUGGUGACGCACUCCAAACACUUUGAGUUUUACCCCUCCAACCUGGCACCUGUCUGGGCACAGUGCUAUUCUCGGCCUGAGAUGGCAGAGAAGGCAGUACAGUAUCUGAAGGGGAGCAGUGCUCUCCAGUUCCCCAACGGAGUCCCAACGUCGCUGAGAGACUCUGGGCAGCAGUGGGACUAUCCCAACGCCUGGCCGCCUCUGCAACACAUGCUCAUCCGUGGUUUGUCCAAACUACCUUCAGAGGAUGCAAAACUGCUAGCAUUUGAUUUAGCCCAGCGUUGGAUCAAGACAAACUGGUUGGCAUACACGAAAUAUGAAGCCAUGUUUGAGAAGUAUGAUGUCAACGGCGAUGGCAAACCUGGUGCUGGAGGAGAAUACCAAGUUCAGCUGGGUUUUGGCUGGACCAACGGUGUGGCCCUGCAGCUCCUGGACCAGUAUGGGCUGAGACUCGUCUCAGGAAGCAGACGAGUUUCUCCCGGCCUCCUGCUGCCUCUGGUCCUCUCAGUCACUCUCAGGCUUCAGUGAAUCCCAGGUGACAGAAGAGCCUGACUGGAGGUUGGCUUUUAUUAUUCCUGCUUUCACUGCACUAAAUCUCUCCUGUCCAUAGGCCUGUAACUAGUAUUACAAAAUGGUCUAGUUGCCAAUUUUUUUACAUGAUCAUCUUUGUUUUACCGUGAUUAACUGCUAAAAUUAGCUAAGGUCUUAAGGCGUAUGACUGCUAAUUUUUGAUUUUGUUUAAAUAUGCCAAAGUGUAAUUAUAUAAGUGAUUAUUGGUUGGACUGUGUAUUUGUAUUAUUUCAAUUGUAAGUUGUAAGCACAUGACCCUAUACACGUAAUACAGUUGAUUUUUUUUUGUUUUUUUUUAAUGAAAUAACGAGGUGUGGUUUACUUCAUAGACUGUGUACCGGUGUUAUUAUCUGGGUCACAUGACAGUCAUAUAACCAAAAUAUGUAUUCUGGGAUUCAUUCAAUCAGUUUCAUCAGUUUAAAAAAGUAGAGAAAAAUAUAUAUAUACAUUUUUAAAUUUGACUUCGAGACAAUUAUAUAGUUAAUCGCAAUUAUUUCUGAGACAAUUAAUUGCAGGGCAAAAUUUGACAGUUACAGCUCUAACACACACACACACACACACACACACACACACACACACUAAAUAUUAGACUAAAUUGUGCAUAUUUGAACAAGAUUUGAUAUUUUUCUAAAUCGAAUAUGAUCCGGAACACUUUAAUUUGUAGAGGGAACAUGAUAUGGUUGAUCAUAAACUAAGAAUUCCUUUGAUGAAUAUUUCAGUAUUUAUCCUGGGGGGUAAAUGAUCUCUGGCGAUAUGAGAAGUUGCAGAUGAUGUCUGCACUUCUGGACUCUCUCUGGUAAUACAGGCUGUUUAGUGCUUGCUGCUGCUUGGAUUACAGCAUUGACAGAUAUCCAACUGGUGUUACUUAUUCACCUAAUUUGAUUAUAAAACAUAUUGCUGUACUGCAGAUGAACUCACUCUGAGGCCUUCCAUCUGCAUGCAAACUGAAGUUGGAAUGUAAACGAGCUCAUGUGAGAAAUAAAAUGUGAAGUGACUGCAUGAAUGAUGUUUAAA